UCGCUUGAUAAGCUAAGGCGGUUCCAGUUCGUGCCUUUGUGGCGCUAUAUCUGGAAGCUAUUUCUCACGCACUCACCCCUCGACUCCUCCACUACAAAUUCAAGCAACAUCUGCUCCACUUAACCCCACAACUUCAAAACCAUACAACAAAAUGCUAAGGCCGUCCUCUUCUGCUUCACUUCUUGUUUCUCUUCUCCUCCUCCUUUUAACAUCUUCCUCCUCUGCAAUUGGGGAGCAACUCAUUAUUGUGAACAACUGCAAUGAAAGCAUAUGGCCUGGAAUGCUCGGAGGUGCAGGCCACCCUACGCCGAAAGAUGGAGGUUUUCAUCUAGGCAGCGGAGAGGAAGUCGUCGUUGAUUUACCGCAGAAGUGGUCGGGGAGAUUAUGGGGUAGACAAGGAUGUGCUUUUGACAAGAAUGGUAAAGGGUCAUGUUACACAGGAGAUUGCUCCGGCUUACUUCACUGCCAAGGCAUUGGUGGUGCACCACCUGCAACAAUGGUGGAAAUGACUCUGGGAUCUUCUACUUCUCCCUUGCACUUCUAUGAUGUUAGUUUGGUUGAUGGGUUCAAUUUGCCAGUUUCAAUGGCACCAGUGGGUGGUGGAAUUGGAUGUGGAGUAGCAUCAUGUGAGGUUGAUCUCAACAUCUGCUGCCCAUCUGCGCUUGAAGUGAAAAGAGAUGGCAAGAUAGUGGGGUGUAAAAGUGCUUGCUUGGCUAUGCAAUCAGCUAAAUAUUGCUGCACAGGAGACUACUCUAAUCCAAAGACUUGCAAGCCUACCCUUUUUGCACAUCUAUUCAAGGCUAUAUGUCCAAAGGCUUAUAGUUAUGCUUUUGAUGACUCUAGCAGCCUGAACAAAUGCAGGGCUUCUCGCUAUGUUAUCACUUUCUGCCCUCCUAAAUAAGAAACUGCAACUGCAGCUGAGUGGCUUUGGGAGCAGUUGUCAGAGUAUUUUGUGGAUCAAGUAUGGAUUUUUAUGUUAGUUACUGUGUUCUCUGCUUUUUCUUCGACUGUUAAUUUGGGAAUUAGAUGUCAGUUACAAAUAGAAGAAGGUUUAUAAUGGAUGACAGCCAUUUUUAUUUCUACAA